AGCGAAGGUUUGGAUUCAGAGUUUUCCUUCUCCUAGAUGGGUAGCCAACCAAAGCUAACGAGCCCCUCCUGCCCGAAGCUUACUGGUUUGGGCGCAUGCGUCUCAAAUAGCCCCUGACAGCCAGUCCAACUCCUGGCCUUCACGUGUGGUACAGAUACUGAGCCUGGCGGAACCGUUACCUCCGACACAUGAGGGGGUAAGAGGGAGCAACUGGCGCCUAAACUUAAACCAGUAUGAGUAUUUAUAUAAGAAUUUAAUUAAUAGCAUUGCAUUUUCAAUUUCACAAUGUAUUCCUAGAUAUUUUUGUAACUUAAAGAGACUAUAAUCUCGAAACCAGUUGAUAGUUCAUUGAAUAAGAUACACUUCCGCAAAGGGAAUCUACUCACGCGAAAAGAUAUGAUUAUGUCAACAUCCUGUUGUUUUAAAAGUUACCUUUUUAAGACAGAGAAAUCAAAGUCACACACUCACAGCCAACACAAGCCUGUGUAGUUUUCUAUUUCUAUUUUCAGACUUCGACAUUCUUAUAAUAUAGUUUGAUAAGAAUGGAUUGGACCAAAUUUAUCUUCUUGUUCAUAAAUACGUUGUUUGUUCUAAUUGGUUUGUUGUUACAGCUUACUGGUUUCUUCUUUGCACUGGUGCCCAGCUAUUUCCUGGCACCUGCUCUCAACUCUGUUAGUAAAAAUGAUUCGAUGUUCUACAGUCUACCGAAAUCUGAAGAUGAAAUAUUAUCGUUGCCUUUUAUGUACGAGUUUGGUUUAGGUCUUAUCUACCUUGGGUUGUUUCUGUUCCUUAUCAGCCUCUUAGGGUGUGUCCUUUCUCUCUUCGAACAGUGGUGUACGUUCAGGAAAUAUUUUUACCUAUACUAUGUUUUUGCCCUGAACAUUUUGAUAGUCGCUCAAUUGGUUGCAUUUAUACUGUUCUGCAAAACAAACUCUGUGCUUCAUCAAAAUAUCAUAUCAACUCUAAAAAGUAAAUAUAAAGAACAAUACCAAGAGAAAGGAACGGAUGCCUUUAGCAAGACUGUAAAUCUGGUUCAGGUUUAUUUUCGUUGCUGUGCGAUUGACGAGAAAGACUUCGCUACGCAUGUACACUUGUUCGUAUGUAGAAAGGCAACUGCAGGCUGUUACACCAAAAUCUCAGAAGUUAUUCAAAAGAACAAAAUCUAUGCAGAAGUCACACAUUAUAUCCUUAUAUUCCUGCAGAUGAUUGAAGUUAUUCUGGCCAUUGUGUUAUACUUACGCAAAGAACAGAAACCGGCCCGAGAAGCGUUGUCACUUAGAAAGAUAACCAAAAAGCAGAUAAAGACAUCUCACAAAAGUCAAAAAAGCAUUCCAGAAGUAGUCGCGCCGAAUAAUAGUUUAAACGACCUCACAGCAACCCCGUCUUUUGACGAUGUGUUGACGAGUAUUUAGAAAUUUAACAAAAAUAAAUCUUUUACGUGACUUUAAAGGCUGUCAAAUCGCGACAUACAUAGCGACAUACAUCGAGACAUACACCGAGACAUACAUUGAGACAUACAUUGCGACAUACAUUGCGACAUACAUUGCGACAUACAUUGCGACAUACAUUGCGACAUACAUUGCGACAUACAUUGAGACAUACAUUGCGACAUACAUUGCGACAUACAUUGAGACAUACAUUGAGACAUACAUUGCGACAUACAUUGCGACAUACAUUGCGACAUACAUUGCGACAUACAUUGCGACAUACAUUGAGACAUACAUUGCGACAUACAUUGCGACAUACAUUGCGACAUACAUUGCGACAUACAUUGCGACAUACAUUGCGACAUACAUUGAGACAUACAUUGCGACAUACAUUGCGACAUACAUUGCGACAUACAUUGCGACAUACAUUGAGACAUACAUUGCGACAUACAUUCCGACAUACAUUGCGACAUACAUUGCGACAUACAUCUUGCAGUCUUCACUCACCUCGUUAGUUCUCACCAGUUCUAAUGUUGGGGGUGGGGUGUACUCUGGGUUUUGGUUGCUAUGCUGACCCUUCUACAGGGUAGAAGUAACAUUAUUUGUCAUUUUCAAAUAUUAGGUUACUGGAAGAAUCUUGAAAUAUAGCUGAUAUACAAUGCAUUUGUUUAGUCAGUAAUAAAGAAAUGUAUUU